UUCAACUAUCGCUUCCUUAAGUUCCACUCAAGGAGCCGAGACAGGUGUUUGCAAGUCCCGCGUAGUAAUCCCACGGGGAUCUGGCGAGAACAGCCUCCCCAACUCAAGAAACCUGGGGCGGUGGGGGCGGGGGCGCUCGUGGCCGGCGCGUGCGCGCGGCGCGCAGGGAGGCGGCCUGGAAGCGAGGGAGCGCGCGCCCUCCACGUGACCCGGCCCGCGGGCGGCGACGCACACGACGCGCCCCUCACGUGGUCUGUCUCCAGCCCCGUCGCCGGCGGAGGCGGGCGCGGGCGCGUCCCUGUGGCCAGUCACCCGGAGGAGUUGGUCGCACAAUUAUGAAAGACUCGGCUUCUGCUGCUAGCGCCGCUGCUGAGUUAGUGCUGAGAAGGUUUCCCUGGGCUGUCCUUGUCCGGCGGCCUCUGCUGCCGCCUCCGGAGACGCUUCCCGAUAGAUGGCUGCAGGCCGCGGAGGAGGAGGAGGUGGAGUUGCUGCCCUUCCGGAGUCCGCCCCGUGAGGAGAAUGUCCCAGAAGUCCUGGAUAGAAAGCACUUUGACCAAGAGGGAAUGUGUAUAUAUUAUACCAAGUUCCAGAGACCCUCACAGAUGCCUUCCAGGAUGUCAAAUUUGUCAGCAACUCGUCAGGUGUUUUUGUGGUCGCUUGGUCAAGCAACAUGCUUGUUUUACUGCAAGUCUUGCAAUGAAAUACUCAGAUGUGAAAUUGGGUGACCAUUUUAAUCCGACAUUAGAAGAGUGGUCCGUGGAAAAGCAUACAGAACAGAGCCCAACGGAUGCUUAUGGAGUCAUAAAUUUUCAAGGGGGUUCUCACUCCUACAGAGCUAAGUAUGUGAGACUAUCAUAUGACACCAAACCUGAAGUCAUAUUACAACUUCUGCUUAAAGAAUGGCAAAUGGAAUUACCCAAACUUGUUAUUUCUAUACACGGGGGAAUGCAGAAAUUUGAGCUUCACCCACGAAUCAAGCAGUUACUUGGAAAGGGUCUUAUUAAAGCUGCAGUCACAACUGGAGCCUGGAUUUUAACUGGAGGAGUAAACACAGGUGUGGCAAAACAUGUUGGUGAUGCCCUUAAAGAACAUGCUUCCAGAUCAUCUCGAAAGAUUUGCACUAUCGGAAUAGCUCCAUGGGGAGUAAUUGAAAACAGAAAUGAUCUUGUUGGGAGAGAUGUGAUUGCUCCUUAUCAAACCUUAUUGAACCCUCUGAGCAAACUGAAUGUUCUGAAUAAUCUACAUUCGCAUUUCAUAUUGGUGGAUGAUGGCACCGUUGGAAAGUAUGGAGCAGAAGUCAGACUGAGAAGAGAACUCGAGAAAACUAUUAAUCAGCAAAGAAUUCAUGCUAGAAUUGGUCAGUGUGUCCCUGUUGUGGCACUUAUAUUUGAGGGUGGGCCAAAUGUUAUCCUCACAGUUUUAGAAUACCUUCAGGGAAGUCCUCCUGUUCCAGUUGUCGUGUGUGAAGGAACAGGCAGAGCUGCAGAUCUACUAGCAUAUAUUCAUAAACAAACAGACGAAGGCGGGAAUCUUCCUGAUGCAGCAGAGCCUGAUAUUAUUUCAACCAUCAAAAAAACAUUUAACUUUGGCCAAAGUGAAGCAGUUCAUUUAUUUCAAACACUGAUGGAGUGCAUGAAGAGAAAGGAGCUUAUCACUGUUUUCCACAUUGGAUCAGAUGAACAUCAAGAUAUAGAUGUAGCAAUACUUACUGCACUGCUUAAAGGCACUAAUGCAUCUGCGUUUGACCAGCUUAUCCUUACAUUGGCAUGGGAUAGAGUUGACAUUGCCAAAAAUCAUGUAUUUGUUUAUGGACAGCAGUGGCUGGUUGGAUCCUUGGAACAAGCUAUGCUUGAUGCUCUCGUAAUGGAUAGAGUUGCAUUUGUAAAACUUCUUAUUGAAAAUGGAGUAAGCAUGCAUAAAUUCCUUACCAUUCCUAGACUUGAAGAACUUUACAACACUAAACAAGGCCCAACUAAUCCAAUGCUAUUUCAUCUUGUUCGAGAUGUCAAACAGGGAAAUCUUCCUCCAGGAUAUAAGAUCACUCUAAUUGACAUAGGACUUGUCAUUGAAUAUCUUAUGGGAGGAACCUAUAGAUGCACCUACACUCGGAAACGUUUUCGAUUAAUAUAUAAUAGUCUUGGUGGAAAUAAUCGGAGGUCUGGCCGAAAUACCUCCAGCAGCACUCCUCAGUUGCGAAAGAGUCAGGAAUCUUUUGGCAAUAGAGCAGAUAAAAAGGAAAAAAUGAGACAUAAUCAUUUCAUUAAAACAGCACAGCCCUACCGACCAAAGAUUGAUACAGCUGUGGAAGAAGGAAAGAAAAAAAGAACCAAAGAUGAAAUUGUAGAUAUUGAUGAUCCAGAAACCAAGCGCUUUCCUUAUCCACUUAAUGAACUGUUAAUUUGGGCUUGCCUUAUGAAGAGGCAGGUCAUGGCCCGUUUUUUAUGGCAGCAUGGUGAAGAAUCAAUGGCUAAAGCAUUAGUUGCCUGUAAGAUCUAUCGUUCAAUGGCAUAUGAAGCGAAGCAGAGUGACCUCGUAGAUGAUACUUCAGAAGAAUUGAAACAGUAUUCCAAUGAUUUUGGUCAACUGGCGGUUGAAUUAUUAGAACAAUCCUUCAGACAGGAUGAAACCAUGGCUAUGAAAUUGCUCACCUAUGAACUGAAAAACUGGAGUAAUUCCACCUGCCUUAAGUUAGCAGUUUCUUCAAGACUUAGACCUUUUGUAGCCCACACCUGUACACAGAUGUUGUUAUCUGAUAUGUGGAUGGGAAGGCUGAAUAUGAGGAAAAAUUCCUGGUACAAGGUCAUACUAAGCAUUUUAGUUCCACCUGCUAUAUUAAUGUUAGAGUAUAAAACUAAGGCUGAAAUGUCUCAUAUUCCACAAUCUCAAGAUGCCCACCAAAUGACAAUGGAAGAUAGUGAAAACAACUUCCAAAACAUAACAGAAGAGAUUCCCAUGGAAGUAUUUAAAGAAGUAAGAAUAUUGGACAGUAAUGAAGGAAAGAGUGAAAUGGAUAUACAAAUAAAAUCAAAAAAGCUUCCAAUCACACGAAAGUUUUAUGCCUUUUAUCAUGCACCAAUUGUAAAAUUCUGGUUUAACACGUUGGCAUACUUAGGAUUUCUGAUGCUUUAUACAUUUGUGGUUCUUGUACAAAUGGAACGAUUGCCUUCAGUUCAAGAAUGGAUUGUUAUCGCUUAUAUUUUUACAUAUGCUAUUGAGAAAGUCCGUGAGAUCUUUAUGUCUGAAGCUGGAAAAAUAAGCCAGAAGAUUAAAGUGUGGUUUAGUGAUUACUUCAAUAUCAGUGAUACAAUUGCCAUAAUUUCUUUCUUCAUUGGAUUUGGACUAAGAUUUGGAGCAAAAUGGAACUUUGAGAAUGCAUACGAUAAUCAUGUUUUUGUGGCUGGAAGAUUAAUUUACUGUCUUAACAUAAUAUUUUGGUAUGUGCGUUUGCUAGAUUUUCUAGCUGUAAAUCAACAGGCAGGACCUUAUGUAAUGAUGAUUGGAAAAAUGGUGGCCAAUAUGUUCUACAUUGUAGUGAUUAUGGCUCUUGUAUUACUUAGUUUUGGUGUUCCCAGAAAGGCAAUACUUUAUCCUCACGAAGCCCCAUCGUGGACUCUUGCUAAAGAUAUAGUUUUUCAUCCAUACUGGAUGAUUUUUGGUGAAGUUUACGCAUAUGAAAUUGAUGUUUGUGCAAAUGAUUCAGCUAUUCAUGGUAUCUGUGGUCCUGGGACAUGGUUGACGCCAUUUCUUCAAGCAGUCUACCUCUUUGUACAGUAUAUCAUUAUGGUCAAUCUUCUUAUCGCAUUUUUCAACAAUGUGUAUUUACAAGUGAAGGCAAUUUCCAAUAUUGUAUGGAAGUACCAACGUUAUCAUUUUAUUAUGGCUUAUCAUGAGAAACCAGUUCUGCCUCCACCGCUUAUCGUUUUCAGCCAUAUAGUUUCUCUGUUUUGCUGCAUAUGUAAAAGAAGAAAAAAAGAUAAGACUUCAGAUGGACCAAAACUUUUUUUAACAGAAGAAGAUCAAAAGAAACUUCAUGAUUUUGAAGAACAGUGUGUUGAGAUGUAUUUUAAUGAAAAAGAUGAUAAAUUCCAUUCUGGGAGUGAGGAGAGAAUUCGUGUCACUUUUGAAAGAGUGGAGCAGAUGUGCAUUCAGAUUAAAGAAGUUGGAGAUCGUGUCAACUAUAUCAAAAGAUCAUUACAGUCAUUAGAUUCUCAAAUUGGCCAUUUGCAAGAUCUUUCAGCACUGACUGUAGAUACAUUGAAAACGCUCACUGCCCAGAAAGCUUCAGAAGCUAGCAAAGUUCACAAUGAAAUCACACGAGAAUUGAGCAUUUCCAAACAUUUGGCUCAAAACCUUAUUGAUGAUGGUCCUGUAAGACCUUCUGUAUGGAAAAAGCACAGUGUUGUAAAUACGCUUAGCUCCUCUCUUCCUCAAGGUGGUCUUGAAAGUAAUAAUCCUUUUCUUUGCAAUAUUUUUAUGAAAGAUGAAAAAGAUUCCCAAUGUAACAUAUUUGGUCAGGAUUUACCUGUUAUACCCCAGAGAAAAGAAUUCAGUUAUCCAGAGGCUGGUUCCUCUUGUGGUGCCUUAUUCCCAAGUGCUGUCUCUCCUCCAGAACUGCGACAGAGACUCCAUGGGAUCGAAACUUUAAAAAUGUUUAGUAAAAAUCAAAAAUCAGGCAACUCAUCUAAUAGCAUACCACAUCUAUCAACUCCACCAACAAAACUUUUUGUUAGUACACCAUCCCAGCCAAGUUGCAAAAGCCACUUAGAAACUGUAACCAAAGAUCAAGAAACUAUUUGUUCUAAAGCUGCAGAAGGAGAUAAUAUAGAAUUUGGAGCAUUUGUAGGACACAGAGAUAGCAUGGAUUUACAGAGGUUUAAAGAAACAUCAAACAAGAUGAAAGAAAUGUUAUCUGGCCAGGAGAAUGUUGUAAGAAAUACGAUUGUGGAGUAUUCAGAGAUGCCUGCUUAUCAGAAUGAUAUUCCAUCUGAAAACACUUUGAAACACAUGAGUUCUCAUGCUGGAUUUUCUGAGUGUCACAAAACCUCUAUUCCUCUUCAUUCAGAACAAGUGAAAAGUAGCAGUAGAAGGCCGUCUACAGAAGAAACUCAUGAAGUAGAUUCCAAAGCAGCUUUACUACCGGAUUGGUUACAAGAUAGACCAGCAAACAGAGAAAUGCCAUCUGAAGAAGGAACAUUAAAUGGUCUUGCUUCUCCAUUUAAGCCAGUUAUGGAUACAAAUUAUUAUUACUCAGCUGUGGAAAGAAAUAACUUGAUGAGAUUAUCCCAGAGCAUUCCAUUUACACCUGUGCCUCCAAGAGGUGAGCCUGUCACAGUGUAUCGCUUGGAAGAGAGUUCUCCCAACAUACUGAAUAACAGCAUGUCUUCUUGGUCACAGCUAGGCCUCUGUGCCAAAAUAGAGUUUUUAAGUAAAGAGGAGAUGGGAGGAGGUUUACGAAGAGCUGUCAAAGUACAGUGUACUUGGUCAGAACAUGAUAUCCUCAAAUCAGGACAUCUUUAUAUUAUCAAAUCUUUUCUUCCUGAGGUGAUUAACACAUGGUCAAGUAUUUAUAAAGAAGAUACAGUUCUGCAUCUGUGUCUCAGAGAAAUUCAGCAACAGAGAGCAGCACAAAAGCUCACAUUUGCCUUCAACCAAAUGAAACCGAAAUCCAUACCAUAUUCUCCAAGGUUCCUUGAAGUUUUCCUGCUGUAUUGCCAUUCAGCAGGACAGUGGUUUGCUGUGGAAGAAUGUAUGACUGGAGAAUUUAGAAAAUACAACAAUAAUAAUGGUGAUGAAAUUAUUCCAACUAAUACACUGGAAGAGAUCAUGCUAGCCUUUAGCCACUGGACUUACGAAUAUACAAGAGGGGAGUUACUGGUACUUGAUUUACAAGGCGUGGGUGAAAAUUUGACUGACCCGUCUGUGAUAAAGGCAGAAGAAAAGAGAUCCUGUGAUAUGGUUUUUGGCCCAGCAAAUCUAGGAGAAGAUGCAAUAAAAAAUUUCAGAGCAAAACAUCACUGUAAUUCUUGCUGUAGAAAACUUAAACUUCCAGAUCUGAAGAGGAAUGACUAUACACCUGAUAAAAUUAUAUUUCCUCAGGAUGAGCCUUCAGAUUUGACUCUUCAGCCUGGAAAUUCCACCAAAGAAUCAGAAUCAACUAAUUCUAUUCGUCUGAUGUUAUAAUAUUACUGAAUCACUGGUUUUGCUUGCACCUCACAAAAAUGUUACUGUGUCACUUUUCCUUUAGGAGAAAAUUAUUUGGUAAUACAGAAAAGUGUGUGCUAAUUCAGUAUGCUGGAUCUGGCACAGUUAAAAGGUCAAUACUCUUUUGACCUGAUUAAAGUCAGUCAGGAACUCCCUAUAGGAUACAGCUGGCAGCUGUUAAAUUUUACAAGUAAAGAAAAAAAUAGUAUUUAUAUCUUUUAAAGGGCUCUUUUUAACAGAGGAUUUCAUUUGACUUUGUUCUGUUGAGGGUAAUACUCUCUCGUGUGGUGCAAUACCAUUAACCAAAGUUAGGUGUCUGUCAGAUUUUAUUGGCAGCUGGUUUACUGCCAUUCAGCUAGCAAAAUGAAGAAAUCACCCAGUCUUUUGGUUAAAUGGCAGUCAGACGUCUUCCUCAGUGUGUUUUAGUGUGUUUAUUGAUGAUGUCACUAGUUCCCAGCUAGAUGCUUGUUGGCCAUGGGAAAGGAGAUGGCUUGUAAUAAUUCUAGAUCUACAGGGAUAUAGGGAGCCCAAGCUGAAAACCAUUUUCUAAGAGGGACUUUAUGAAUCAGGAUUAGGCGCCUAUUUAAAGGAUAGAGCCAGUUUUUGUUAAAUAGAGCCCCAGUUGUGCAGAAUUAUUAGUAUUUUUUUAAACAUUAUUUUAUCAAGUCAUUGUUAAAUAGAAGAAAGCCAUGGUAGACUGGUAUAACCUAAAUAUAUCAAAGGAGAAACUUAACUCACUGUUCAAGAGAAGUUACCUUGUGAGGAAAGUUAAAGUGCUUUUUUUCCUAUCUAUAUCUGUAGUGACAACUUGGAAGUUACGUACUUCUCCAAAGAUUUUAUUGACCAGUAUAUCAAAUCAGAAUGUAAACAUGAAUUCUUGCAUAUAUUUAAAAUUGUGUAAGGACAUUUGAACAUGAAUAUUGUCUGUGGUACUUAAGAAAUUGAAUUGGAUUAUCAUUAUGUGAUGUCGGGAGAUUGCAAUGCAACUUUAUGCCAAUAAAAUGUAAUUUAACUGCCCCAGAUAUUGUUGAAUAUUCAACAACAAGAAAAGCUUUUUAUGUGACUGAAGUUUUAUGCUUUGAUUUUCUUCCUUUUUUCUUUCUUUUUGUUUUUUCUUAGGUACUAAUUUUAAUUUUUAUUUGAGAGGGAGCAGUGGAAAUCUUAUUUGUAUUCAGUAGUGUAUCUCAUAGAUACAGACAAGAUAAAAAGAGAUAAGCUGUUCAAAUAGUGUUUAAUAUUGAUGGGGGAGAAAAAAGUAUAUUAAAGAUAUUAUACUAUAUACAUUUUGUAUAUCAUUAAAUCUUUAAAAGAAAUUAAAUAAAUUUAUUCUUGUUUACA